AUGGAGAUGGAGAAGGGAGAGAGUGGAAACAGUGUUGAAGCUAAUAGCACCAAAGUGAAGAUUAACCAGCAAAGAAAGAGAGGAAGGCCAAAGAAAAGUGCUAAAGGUAAACUUGAACUGGUCAACGAUACAGAGAAAGCAGAAGCUGAAGAAUCCAACUCCCCUGAACUAAGAGAAGUAGUUGAUGCUGCUGAUGAUGAUGAUGAUCAGGAGCCUGCUGGAAUUACAAGCAACCCACCAAUGCAUACGAAGCCGCGGAGACGGCGGCGCAAGGGGACACCAAGGCGAGCUGCAGUUUAA